AUGCCCGACAGCGCUGGAAAGAGAUUUAAAGCCACCAAAUACAUCCCAGUGUCCACCGCUGCCACGCUCCUUGUGGGAUCGACCACUUUAUUCUUCGUUUUCACAUGCCCCUGGUUGACAAAAGUCAUCUCUCUUGCUGUGCCUCUCUACAAUGGCCUGGUCUUCCUCUUCGUCUUGGCCAACUUCAGCAUGGCCACCUUCAUGGACCCUGGAAUUUACCCCAGAGCCGACGAGGACGAGGACAAGGACGACGAUUUCCGAGCGCCGCUCUACAAAAACGUGGAGAUCAAAGGCAUUCAGGUGCGGAUGAAGUGGUGCGCCACCUGCCACUUCUACAGGCCGCCCCGCUGCUCGCACUGCAGCGUCUGUGACAACUGUGUGGAGGACUUUGACCAUCACUGUCCCUGGGUGAACAACUGCAUUGGACGGAGGAACUACCGCUACUUCUUCCUCUUCCUGCUGUCAUUAAGUGUUCACAUGGUGGGAGUUUUCUCCUUCGGCCUCAUCUUCGUCCUCCACCACAAAGAAAAACUGGGAGGACUGCACACCACUGUCACCAUGGUGGUGAUGUGCAUCACAGGGCUUUUCUUUAUUCCAGUUAUGGGCCUCACAGGUUUCCACAUGGUGCUCGUAGCUCGAGGGAGAACAACCAAUGAACAGGUGACGGGCAAGUUUCGUGGAGGAGUAAAUCCUUUCACCAAGGGUUGCUGUGGCAACGUGGAGUAUGUCUUAUGUAGUCCCCAGGCACCCAGAUAUGUGAUGGACCCCCGGAAAAAGCCCCACAUCAAAAUCCAGCCCCCCUUCAUCAGACCUGACCUCUCAGACCGGCAAAUCACCAUCAAGGUCAGCGGCAACGGGAUCCACAGCACAAUAAUCAACUCCAAGUCCAAAAGCAGCAUUGAUGGUCUGGACAGCAAAGAAACCCAGCCACCCCUGCCACCCAAGGCUGAAAGGUACAACCAGCUGAAAAACCAACUGAACUCCAGUGAAGAAAGUUCUCUUUCUGGAAAAACCCACCCCUCCACUCCAACCAUGUACAAAUUCAGGCCAUCCUUUGGCACCAUGCCUAAAGUCCAGUACCACACUGCUGGAGAUAAGAUUGUUAUGUCAGAUGACCGAAAGGAUUCAGCUAUCUUGGAAGAAGGUGUGCGUGGUCACGACUACCGAUCGGAGCCAAACUUGGAUCUGCCUGAGUACGCCAACGCUCCUCUUCACCGCUCCUUCCAGUCCUCACCUUAUCAACUGGACUCUGAUCCCAUCAACUCCCGCUCUCUCAGCCUGAAGCAAGGCCACCGUCGGCUAGAGAAGGGCCAGCUCCAGGCAAUGCCACCCCAGACGGUUUCUUCCACCCCAUACAAGGGAGUCUUCUCCCCAAACACUCGCUCCAACCGUAAUGGCAGCCUGUCUUAUGACAGCCUUCUCAACCCCAGCAUCUCCCCAGCCAGUGCCAAUGAGUGCAUGGCCCACCGUGGUAUGCCCUCCAUAGGAUUCCAUUCACCCUACCUGCCCACCAAAAUGUGCCACAUCCGGGAACCUGAAAUACAUAGACCGCAAGUUGCCCAAACCUAUAGUCCAGUGAUGCCCCCCAGGGGGAUGGGCAGACAAUCCCCUCACCUCAGGGACAGAGACCCAUCUCCAGUACGCUACGAUAACCUCUCCCAGACCAUCAUGGCCUCCAUCCAGGAACGAAAGGAGAUGGAGGAGAGGGAGAAGCGGCAGAUGCUUCAUGGGCGCUCCCAGACCCAUAUCUAUGCCCAGGACUCUGGCGUGUUUGAUGGGGGUUAUGGUCUACCCACCACGGCUUGCUUCCCAGAUGGGUCACGUGGCCCAGGCUCAAGGGGCCCAACACCCCCGACCUAUGGAGGCUCUAGGGACAACUUGAUGGGAGUUGGGUUGGUGAGCUAUGGACAACGAACCCCUGUGUUGCGGCAUGCAGGUUCCACUCUGGGCCGCGCCCCUCGGACUUCAUCCACCUCCUUGCAUACUGAUCACAGUAGCACUAACAGCAGCCAGAGCAGGGCCCCAGGCCAUGAGGGCUCCUAUCGCUCCCCAGCCCACCAGCCCCGCUCCCCCUCCUACUCUCACCAGAAACUCUCCUACAUCAGUGCUCAUGAGAGGACAGACUCGCCUCGGCUAGGGGGCCCAAGAGAGGCCAUGAAAGUUAAUGGGCAGAUGGACUGCCACCUGAGCACCCAGGGUGCCCCCCUCAGCCCCAGUCGCCACAGUAACGUCAAAAAGGUGACAGGUGUAGGAGGUACCACAUAUGAAAUAUCCGUGUGAGCAAGGACACCUCCACCUUUAACCAC